UUGCGCGAGCGAUUGACUAAAGAGACUUGAGACACUCUCGACUACAAAAGUGAAAGAGAAGGACAAGAGCCGGGGGAGGAGCAAGUCAGAUUCGUCGUCUCCAAGGUUCAAAUAGUGUCUGCAAAUGAGGGGUAGAAGUUACAGUCCCUCACCACCAAGAGGUUACAGCAGAAGAGGUAGGAGCCCUAGUCCUAGAGGCCGCCAUGGAGGUCGUGGUAGAGAUCUUCCUACUAGUCUUUUGGUCAGGAAUCUUCGCCAUGAUUGCAGACCUGAAGACCUCCGCAGACCAUUUGGCCAAUUUGGUCCUCUCAAGGACAUAUACUUGCCACGAGAUUACUACACUGGGGAGCCUCGUGGCUUUGGUUUUGUCCAAUAUGUAGACCCUGCUGAUGCUGCAGAAGCCAAAUAUCAAAUGGAUGGACAAGUUCUUCUUGGCCGAGAGCUGACUGUUGUAUUUGCAGAGGAAAAUAGGAAGCGGCCAGUUGACAUGAGGGCUAGAGAGCGAACAAGUGUUGUUGGUAGGGGUCGAGCAUCUGACCGCAGGAGGUCUCCUCCUCGCUAUUCACGCUCACCUAGAUAUGCUAGAUCACGGUCCCGAAGCCCUAACCACUAUCCCCCUUCUCCUAGGAGGAGGCAUUACUCAAGAUCUGUUUCACCCCAAGAUAAAAGGAGGUACAGCGGAGAACAGCCUUACUCUGCUUCUCCUCCUGUUAAAGGUUCAAAGAGCCAAAGUCGCAGCCCAAGCAGGAGCAGGAGCCAGACCCCCGUGGACUACUCAAGGGGCCUGGACAGGGAAAGGUCUCUAAGUCAGUGAGCAUCUAAUGGAUGAAAAGUGUUAUGCCCUCUAGUACUCGUGGAUUAUCCGAUGUUGUCUGGAACUUUGACUAUUGCAUAAAUCUUACUCUAUUUUCAAACUAUUGGUUGGGAUUUUCCAGAUUUGACAUUUAUAUUUGGAAACGCUUAGCAUUUUCUGCCCACUAGCUUGACAAAGAUUGUAGUUUAAAACGUUAGGAUGCUUUAUAAUACAGAUCCUGUUGAAAUUGUAUGU